AGUAACUGGAUGGCCUACCUGCCUGUCAGCCUUCCAUCUGUGCACAAACUUAUCUCGUGCCCUCAUUGGUCAUGUGUGCGUUCCUGUGUGUUGGAGGAGAGGCUCUGUGAGGAAGUGGCAGAUUCUUUCCGGCUGUGUAUUUUCACCUUUAAGCUAUCAUUUAACCCAGGAGAAAAUAACAUGUUGGAAUGUAGGAAUAAAUGAGACUCUUGAUAACACCUUUUCAUUAUCGUAGCGGGGCAUAUAUGUUGAAGGCCAGUUCAGGUGGUAACAUAUGGUUGCAGUUGUUUGGGUUCCUGCAUCAUGUGAUGCUUAACUUGUGCAAGAGUUUAAGAAUAGCUUCUCCCUGUUGUUUACGGUUCUACUUGUUGAUGCCAUGAAUGGUGACGUACAGUAAGCCAUCAUUUGCUUCCUGGUGGGUGUGGGAAGUUAAGAGUGUUUGAAUGUAAAUGCACACAUUCUACUCUUUUGCAAAUAUUUUGAUAAAGCCGUUUUAAAAAAGGCAUAAAGAACUGAUAUUCAUAAUGAAGGUCUUGUUAACAAGUACAUUUGUAUUUACAAGCAUGCCAUGUUGUAACAUCUCUCAACUUGUCUGACAACAGUCCUCAACACACUUUUGAUAACCUGCAUAAUUGAAGAACAUUUACCUACAAAUAGUUUUUUUUUAAAUGUAACCUACACAUCAUUUAUGAUUGAAUAAUGAUGUUACUUUGGUUGAUAUACAUUUAUUACUGUCGGAAGUAUAGAAAAUGACAAAGUUACUACAUUUUUGUUGUGAUCUAAAUAAAUGAUAUCAAUGGCAAACUAGGUAAUAUGCAACAAAUGAAACAACACGGCAGUCACAGGAUGUUGACAUAGACUUGUUUACUAAUAAGAUUGAGCUCCCUCUCUGCUGAGCCAGUCACAUGGACCCGUGUUGUCUCGCUCUGUCCACCACUGAUGGAGAGGAGAAGCUGGGACAAGUGACACAUGCAGCACUUAGUAGGAGGGGGCCAUUUCUGUGAAAAGAUCCCGAGGCAGCAAGCAGGCAGGAAUGUGUGCUCUCGUUGGUGGAAGCUAUCAGAUGUCACCAGCUGUGAGGGGCUGGUAUAAAGGACAGAGCUGCCACCUCCCAGAAUAGAUAUCAGCUUUUCACAAGCAGCAGCACACGCCAAGGAGAAGCUCCAGGAGUCUGACCUUGUUUUUGGUAACUUUUUAAAAACCAACAAAGGGCACAACUUGUAUUUUUCUCUCCUAAAAUAAGAAAACCUACUGGUCUAACGCUAGGCAGUGACAUUAUUAUGGACGUUCAGAGGACAGGGUCUAUUGUCCGGGCCCCAAGCCCAAUGGAUAGCCUGGAGAAGCAGCUGAGCUGCCCCAUCUGCCUGGAAAUGUUCACCAAACCUGUGGUGAUCCUGCCCUGCCAGCACAACCUGUGCCGUAGCUGUGCCAGCGACCUCUACGACUCACGCAACCCCUACCGCUUCUCCGGGGGCGUCUUCCGCUGUCCUACCUGCCGCUUCGAGGUUGUGCUAGACCGUCAUGGUGUGCAUGGGCUCCAGCGUAACCUGUUGGUUGAAAAUAUUAUCGACCUCUAUAAGCAGCAGCAAGAAGGGAGCAACAGCGGGAGCACAGAACCCGCCCUGAAGCCUAAAGAAUCCAAAGAGCCCAUGUGCCAAGAACACGAGGACGAGAAGAUCAACAUCUAUUGCACUACCUGCCAGACACCCACCUGCUCCAUGUGCAAAGUGUUUGGCCAGCAUAAGGACUGUGAGGUGGCACCUUUAGCAAGUGUUUACCAGACCCAGAAGAGUGAACUGAGUAAUGCUAUCGAUACCCUGGUAGCUAGCAAUGGCCGCCUGCAAGCCCUGCUCAACCAGAUGGAAGAUGCCUGCCGUGCUGUGCAGGAAAACGCUCAGUGUGCUAAGCAAGGUUUAGCGGAACGCUUUGACCUGCUAUACGCUGUCCUGGAGGAGCGCAAGACCAUUCUACUGGAGCAGAUUGGAAAAGAGCAAGACGAAAAGGUGGCAGCACUGCGGGCGCUGUCUCAGCGCUACAGUGAGCGACUGCAGACCAGUUCAGAGCUGACGGACACUGCUGUGAGGGCGCUGGAGCAGGGGGGGGCUGCGGAGUUCCUGCUGGCCUCCAAGAGCCUCAUCACGCAGACCAAGGAUGCAUCUAAAAGCUCGCUGGGGGAAGACCGGCCAGAGCCAGGCUUCGAGAAGAUGGACCACUUCACUUUGUCGACGGAGCAUGUUGAGGCAGUGCUGGCAAAAAUGGACUUUGGAGUGGUUGAUGAUGAUGAGUUUGAGGAUGCAGAGGAGGAGGAAUAAUGAAAAUCUAACUAGUUGCGGACUUGUAGAAAAAACUACAACAUGUGCCUUUGAAGGUUUUUGACCCAAUUGUUUAUGGCAGGGACUGCAUUCGAUGUCCAAGGUGAUGGUGGAGGUGGGCGCCUUGCCCAUACGUUCAGUGCAAUACUUUAAUGACAUAUUCAUUGUUUUUCUUAACUCUUUUUAUACUUUUGUACUUCUGAGCCAGUUAAAUGGAGAAAUUGGUCUAGAUCAUUGUUAAAAUAACAUGUCUGAAGAUUGAUUACACAUUGUGUUCCUUACAUGUUUCCUUUGAUAUUAGUUAUUUGUGUUUUUCUCACUUUGUCCAAAUUUGUGUUGAACUGGUGAUCAGCUGAUCUGUAAUCACCAAAUGUGCCUUCAAUGGAAUGUGGAAUAAAGCUGCAUGAUGUUAAGCUCC